AUGGCGCUGCCCAAGAGAAUUAUCAAGGAGACCGAACGUCUCCAGAAGGAGCCCGUCCCUGGAAUCAGCGCUGUCCCCCACGAGGACAAUCUCCGAUACUUUGAUGUCGAAAUCCAUGGCCCCGCGCAGUCGCCGUACGAAGGAGGAGUAUUCAAGCUCGAACUUUUCCUUCCAGAUGAUUACCCCAUGACGCCGCCUAAGAUCAGGUUCCUCACUAAGAUUUUCCACCCGAAUGUCGAUAAGCUGGGCAGGAUCUGCCUCGACGUCCUCAAGAACAACUGGUCGCCGGCGCUUCAGAUUCGAACGAUCCUUCUAUCGAUUCAAGCCCUUCUUGGAGCUCCUAACCCCGAUGAUCCUCUCGCUGCCGACGUUGCAAAGAGCUGGAAGGAAGACGAACAAGCUGCUAUCCAGACAGCGAAGGAAUGGACCAAGAAAUAUGCCGACCCACAGAACUGA